GGGUACGGAUCCACGUGAGGGUCGCUCACGGAGAGAAGUCCUGCUCGUGUGAGAUAUGCGGCUCCGGCUUCUCCUAUCGAUGCAAACUACUGGAUCACAUGCGCACACAUACCGGGGAUAAGCCAUUCCAUUGCGAUGUCUGCGGCCGAUCCUUCUCGCAGAAAAAUCACCUCCGAAGGCAUCAAAUGAUUCACACGGGAGAGCGUCCCUAUCCAUGCGAGUACUGUGGCCGCGGUUUCUACCGAAAGGACAAAUUGAGCCGUCACAGACGUAUUCACACGAAUCCGAGCACCGGUAGCGGUGGUCGCGGCAGCCGUAGUGUCAAUGCAAACAAUGUGGUGAACGCGAGUUUAGCGCAGCAACACAUCGCCACCACAAUCCAUACAUCUCAAGGGCCGGCAACUAUACAGUUAAUACCCGUACAGGUGGCCACUCCUCAGUUCCGGGGCACACAACUCACCACUCAAUGGGCGGCACAACAGACCAACUCAAACAACACAAGCAAUUCAAACAAUAGUGCGGCCAAUAAUAGUUCGCCAUCGACUCCCACCCCGACGACAACGACCUCAUAAAUGACAACUAAAUAAAGACAUUUCGUGCCAUUCUCUACGUUAUCUCUCACAGCAUUCCUGUCCUUAAACUUACUCUCAAGAGUUUGUAAUUACUUUUGAAGUAAAAUCCCGUUUCUCUCAUCAGAUCUAAUGCGAAAAUCACUGAAUUAUGUGUUGAGAGAG